CAGUGGCAGCUGUUGGCGUCAGUCAUCCGUGUCAAUAUGUUUGUGAAAAUCAGCACAAAGUGAGCUAACUUGCUGAUCAUCCACAAUAACUUUGAUCAACAGAAAAAAAAAUUCUUUAUUUAUACAAAUAAUUUACAAAAACCAUGGUAGAUAGAUCUUCAAAGAAGACAACAGAUUAAUAACAAACCUUGCUUUUGUCUUGUGUGCAUAAGCACAGAAACAUUCACUACUGAAACUCACAUUUGGUGUUUGUGCCAAGCUGAAACUGUGAAACUUCAAAUGCAGGCUGUAAUGUAGCAGUUGGGAAGUGGUGGGAGUGACUGGCGAUUUCUAUCAAUAAAAACACACUCGUUGUAAAUGUCAGUUGUUGUGGUUUAGCCUAAAUGUGUUAAUUGUGGCAGACUGCGAUGCAGCGUCUUACCAUGGUGUGAAUUUUCUCUGUGUGUGUGUGCGCACCAGAGGACAAAAAAGACAGAGAGAAAACAGAGAGAUAGAUACAGAGAGAAAGAGAGAGUGGGCAGAGGAAGCAUGAUGUGACUCAAAGUGAGAAAUCCUCUCCACCUCAAACUAAAUUCUGCGUGGGCUUUCUCAUGACUGGGGGUUCACCUGCUGAGGCCCUGCAAAAUCGAUAGCUGAGACCUGGGCUGCUGUGCUGCUGAGGCAGCCAUGGAGCAAAAGCCAAGUCCUCUUUCUUGUGUUUUAAAAUGAGAUGAAAGGGGGAGGCAAGUAAGCAAGUAAGAAGAAAGUGAGGAAAAAUAUAUAGAAAACAAGUAGGCAGCAGGGCGUAAGUGAGAGAACAUGGUUUAUGUUAUCUGCACAAGCAUGAAAGGCCUUCUUUUUCUGCAGAGGACUGACUUUAGUACUAAUGGUGACCUUUGAACACUUUGCUCGAAAGCAAUUACUGGCCAUUUCAAAGCAUUCAUUCGGUUUGGUGUCUCACUCAUUCAGGAUGAAACAUUAUUAGUCCACAUCUGCCCACGCAGGUGAGAAACAGCAGGAAGUGAGAAACAGCAGGAAGAGUUAAUAACAAGUAAGGGCUAUUUGCUAUCAGAUUGCAGAUGUGAUAGCAAGAUUUCUGUUGUGCAAUCCCUUUUGCACAUGUGCGUCCAGGCUAGUCUAAAGCAACGGUUUACCGCCCUCACUUCACCAGGCAAAGCGCCAAAGCCAUCAGGCAGUCAUACGCCUACCAUCAGCUGAGGAGUUGCACAGCAGUCUCAUUUCUAAUUAUACACCCAACAACAGAGAGCUACGGAGCGAGAGAGAAAGUGGAAUAUGGAGAGAGGAAGAGGAGUGUGAUUACGAAUGGAAGAGAGGCUGAGAGUGCCACUCGGCAGCAAACACAGGGUGAACAAGUUCAGAUUUGAGAGACUGAGAGAGAGAGAGAGACAAAGAAAGUAAGAGAAGGUGAGGGAGAGACAUCAGAUCUGUCUGAGAAAGGUUAACAGGGCUGACUGACUAAGUAGAGUGGGAGUGUAAAAUGUAAAAGCGAGUAGGAGGGAAGAGAGAAAGGAAGAGGAGAAGAGAAAAGGAGGAGAGCGUGUCUGACAGACAGUCUGUUGAGCUUGUCUGGAUGCUUCUGAUCAUUCUGCUUUGCCUUUUCACCCGCAGCCUGGGAGGACGACACAAGCCAGACAGGUGUGCGUGGAGUGUCUGUGAACAUGGGUGGAUAUGCUUUGUGAUGAUGGAUGCACAGAGAGACGGAUGGAUGGAUGGAUGGAGGAACACGUAAAUCGUGACAACCUUGGACCAAACCAUCUGCAGUGCUUGCCAAGAGACUGGAGUCUGUGUCAUAUGAUCACAACACCUCCUCAGCUUCUGCAGGAGGGCAUGCAGUGCCGGUGUGAGUGACAUGCAGCGUGAGCCAAUGAGCUUCACACCGAACCCAGCUCUAGUCCCAGACAGGGACAGCCUCCCACUUAAAAAGAGGGACCAAAGACCGAGCUCACUACCACAGCAGCAGCAGCAGCAGCAGCAGCAGUGUGAUGCUGCAACAUUCAAGGCGCCCUACCCUUACAAGAGCCACAGUGAUUUUAAGACAAAACACACAGGCCCUUUCCAGCCCGUACUGAAACGGGUUCCUGCACUGUACCAACCCUGGAUGCAGACUCACACAUCCACCAGGUCCAAACCUCACGUCCUCUCUGCAUUCAGGGAGCAUCAUGGCUGGGCAGAGUGGAGAGAGUUCUACCCCCAGCACCCUGGAUGGGACUUUUCUCACCCCUAUCAGCACCACAGCCACUUGUCUAGCACACCUGCACUCCACCUGGGCCAACCACACCACCCCUCCAGAUUCAGUCCGGUCUCCCUGGUCUCUGAUGGUUUCCAAAGGGUGGGUGGAGGGUACAGCUGGGAGCAGCUUAAGACAUUAAGGGACAAAAGUUUAAACGCACAGAGGCAGAGCAAUGGGAGGAAUAAAGGACCAUAUGUGAGGACAAGAGACAGAAAAAAUGAGUAUUUUCCCAGGGUUGAAAAAGCAAGUCCUCCAUUGUUGAGCACAUGCCUACCUCACUCUCCACAUGAGGACCUUACACUGCAACACGAUGUGUUGCACAAAUCAACAAAGUCUGUCAAACAUCCCGUUUCUGGACAUUCCUUCAUAAGAGCUAACGAUAACUCAAGCACCACAUACACCUCUAUGGAGGAGGACACAUCAAGAUCUUCUGCUCGCCCCUCUUCUGAGCAGGCUACGUCCUCCUCUUCCUCUCCUAACCCUUUUCCCUGGCUGCUCCCUCACUUUGUGGCAGGCUCUCUGAUCGAGCUCAGAGAUGGGCGGCUGAGGAGGGUGGAACACCUGCAGACGGAGGACUUCCUGCUGGGAUCACUGGCCUGUCCAGACCUACGCCUGAGCUGCUGCACGGUGCAGGGCAUCUCCCCUUCAGCCUCCUCCAUCUCACGUCUCCUCAUCCUGCUCCACGACCAGCAGUCCCAGGAGUUGGUGGAUGUCUAUGUGGAGUACCCGUUCUUUGUGCGUGGGCGGGGCUGGUCGUCCUGCAACCCUCAGAGGACUUCCCGUCUCUGUGGCCUGCAGUGCCGCCAGCUCAGUGUGGGGGACGUCUGCCUGGCUCUCACCCCUGUCUCAGCCCCCCAGCCUCCAUCGUCAGCCACCCUGGAGCCAAAAACCUCACCCAGUAAGUCAGAAGGUCGGUGUGAGUCUCGAAAGGCAUCACAACCCCAGAUUCCCCCAGGUUCAGAGCGGCCAGCAGGGGGGCAGAAGAAGGAGGCGGUCCGGAGGAGACACUAUUCAGCCCCUGAGUUGAGAGGUCCAGGGACUAACUGCAUGUAGUGAGGAGAGUCACUGUUUUAUGGACAGGAAGCAAGUCCAUCUCUUUUAAGCUCUGCUAUAUCAGCCUAUAUUUGCUGUCUUUCUACCUCCUGAAUCAUAUUUCUGUGCUUAACUGUAAUUUUUAAUUGUAUCUACGGAGUAAAAGCUAAAGGGGAAUGAUAAGAUUAACUCUCAGGAUUUCCCAUAGGUAAACCUACAUUAGCAUUUUGUCAAGGUAAGUCAGGGAUCAAACACUGACUAUGUGAGUUGAGUCAGAGUAAAACAUUACAUUUUCUGUUAGCCUGAUCAAACUCUAUGAUAACACAGGAUUCAGAUCUUAGUCAUGUGAGAGAACUCAGUCUAUUUAAGAUAUUUUUGUGAGAAAGUGAAGAACCAAAGUCUACAUCUAUGUCGCCGCAGGGAGCUGCUUCAGUGACAGUGAAUUUGAGAAAGAUCUUGUAGGCUCAAAGAAUAUUGUUUGGGUUUUAAAGUGAGUGUGCAUGCAUAUUUUUUUCUAGCCGUUCUGACAAAAUCGGCCCACAUACCUUGAAAAGCACAGAAAAAUACUCCCUCAGGUCUUUCACUGCUGAUCAUAUCGUUUAAAGUUUAUCUCUCUUCCGCCUAAUAUUAUGUAAGACCUCUUUAUGAUCACAAAUGAGAGAUUUCAUUCCAAAUUAUUGCAUAUCCUUAAUGCCAGAAACCUUUCAGAUAAUAUGGUCCUCAGUUUGAGAUUUAAAUUUCACACUGACAAUCAACACCACUUUUGAUUGUAUCAGUAGAAUUUAGUUUUACGCUUCUACCUCUAUUUUCUAUUUAAGGUGACAGAUACAUAUAAUGUGUGUUUUAACAGUGUGGGCUGUGUUGUAAUAUGCAGAAGCUCUCCGCUUCUCUGUGACUGUCAGUGUGAAUGCCUUUAUUUGCCUGGUUGUUACAGCUGCUUUGCUUUUGUACUGAUGCUCAUUUUUAAAUGUCUGUCCCAUUGUUAAGAGUGGAGACGCUUGUGCUAUUCAAAGUACUUUAAAAGCUCGAUCUGUGAUCAGUGUGCAGUGCCAUAUGUCAACACUACAAUGUGAUUUCCUCCUGAGCAUACACAGUACAAACAACGAAAUUGUACACAAUUGAAAUGCAGACCAUGUGCACUCAACUAUGACGUCACAGGUAGGGCAGACAAGGUGCUGUACAAACAGAUUGGGUCUUUAAGUUGUGAAACAGUUUUCUCACUGUUAAAUAAAUGUCAUGUGUAACAUU